AUGUCGCCCUUGUUGCUGCUUGGGAAGAUUACUGAGUACCCAAGAGAUCUCGUGCGCAAACCCAAGUUUGUCGAUCCAUUUAUUUUAGCCUGCCAUAGUCGACAUGCAAAGCUUGCUGGAAUCGGAGUUGUCUGCUUGCAGAGACUUGUGGCUUCACGGUCACUACCUUCUGAGAGGCUGAAGGAUGUCCUUGGGGGAUUGAAAGAGACCACUAGCCUGAGCCUGGAUAUCCAACUCAAAAUUUUGCAGUCCUUGCCCUCACUUUUGCAGCAUUAUUCAAAUGACCUAGGCGGAGAGCUUCUUGCAAGUACAUUAGAAAUAUGUGCUACGCUGCAAGCAAGCAAAACUCUUGCUGUAUCCAGCACAGCAGCGGCCACUCUUCAGCAGUUAGUAGUCUCGACAUUCGAGCGAGUUGCUGAAGAAGACAAAACUCUCGAUAAAGGCAAGCCGCGAGUGACAAUAAAGCUUGAAUCUGACUCCGUGAACAUUGGGUACUCUGCAUACGAUGCAUUGCGGCGCGUAAAGGUCUUGGAUGACCUGUGCCGGCUUGUAGAUGGCGAGCAAUUGCAUUUUUUGCGUAUCAAGUCACUUUCUCAAACGUUCACACUGGAGCUCAUCGAGAGCAUUCUCACUAACAGCGGACGCUUAUUUGUUGGUCAUGCGGAGCUAACGCAUGUUCUGCGGACUCGGCUCAUGCCGAUGACAGUCCGGUAUCUCUCUGAGAGGCACGGCUUUGCCCUUACCAGCCGCGUCGCUCGGAUUCUUCUGAUACUUCUCAAGCGUUACAUGUCUCUUCUGACAGCCGAAUGCGAGAUGGCUCUUGGGUUGCUGACUCACCUUCUCGAACCGGAUGGAACAUCGCCUUGGAAAAGAGUACUCUGUAUGGAAAUUUUUAGAGGCCUUUAUGCCGAGCCGGGGCUAGUCCGGCUCAUUUAUUCUCUAUAUGACGGAGAAAACAACAGGAAGAAUAUUCUCAGAGAUCACAUGGCCGCUCUCGUUCGUCUAGCGUCUGAGAAGCCUUCAUUGAUUGGAGUCAGCAGUCGUUCAACGGUACCCAUGCGAGCUGAACAUGCACGAUCCAUAACAGAAGAGCAGAUAACACUUGAAGCCGGCGGAGUUGCCGGGGUUAUUGGGGCCACUGGCCCUUCUACUGAGACUAAUUUCCAGGGAAUUAGCAGUCAGUGGAGCACAGUCCGCACGCCGUAUAUCGAGCUGCUUGACAAGACCGAUCCGCCACCUCCCCCUGAAACGUACAUCUACAGCCUAGUACUCAAUUGUAUCACCUCAUUUGCAGAAGGGCUGGCGAAAUUCAUACUUCCAUUAACUGUCCCAGACUCAAAGCAGAAGCGGAGAAGUCGGAUGACGAGCCCUGACAAAAGCAAUUCUCCUAAGCCUGCACAUAUUUAUCAGAGAAUGGAUGCCAGCACAACUAUACACCGAUCGAAUUCCAAGAAACUCGCGAUACCUCUUAAUCCCUUGGACCUAGAUUCUCACCCUCAAUUGACAGCAAUCAAGGCCUGCGCCGGCAUCAUGGAGAAUUGCUGGCCUGCUAUACUUGCAGCCUGUUCGACAUUUCUCUACGCUUCGUUGGACGAAGAUUACUAUCACAACCUUGUUCGAUCUUUUCAGAAGCUGGCUCAUGUUGCCGGUCUUCUCAGACUCUCCGUUCCGCGGGACGCUUUUCUGACUACUCUAGCGAAGGCUACAAUGCCAGCUGAGAUGGCUGGUGCUUCGACUGCAGCUGCCUCAGAUUCCCACAGCAUUCCCGCUAUGGAUGAAAAACGCAAGGACGGUCCGAGAGCAUCUGCGGAAAUUGCUUCAUUGUCACUAAGCACCAGAAAUCUGCUGUGCCUCCGUGCUCUUCUGAACCUGGGGAUUGCCCUUGGUCCUACUUUAGACCAGCCGGCAUGGUCGAUCAUUCUCGGAACGCUGCAGGAUGUAGACUUACUCAUCAGUAUGGCCUCCAGCAAAACACAUAACCUUGUUCAUAAUGCGGGAGAUGUGUCAGGCGAUAUGUCUAAAGCCAACCUCGGGUCAGAAAUUACAGCUGUUGAGGCAGCCUCUGCAAAAUUGUUCGAGAGCACUGGUGACUAUCCGAGCGAUUCGUUCGGCGGUCUGCUGAUUGCUCUCCUUGACCUCUCCGGCAUAACUGAAGGACCAGCAAAAGAUGGGCCGUCUGAAAAGAUACCCGGGACUCCUAACUCCUCGCCGUCGCAAAAGCAUAUCGGUCGGCCACGGGGGAACAACCGGGGUGUGUCCUUUGUGAUCGAAAAGUCCAGAAUGCGGGAUGAAGAACUGAAAUUUGUCUUGGACAAAGCAAAAGAGCUCGCCCAAGCAAAUCUUGAACGCUUGUCGUCGUUGGCCAACCCAGACCGCGGCGUCUGGAAGCUGCUCAUCGAGCGGUUGAUUGCCACCGCCGCAAACCCAGAGAUAAGCCAGAGACUUCGUCUAAAAGCGAAUGGUGUACUCAGCUAUGUCGUAUUUGAGACUAUGAAACAGGGAGACGAUGCUGAUGAUUCAGUCCGAAACGCGCGUCAUAUCAGAAACCUGGAAACUCUGAACAUGCAAGUCUCGACGCUCUAUUCGGUUAACGCUUGCAUGCCAGGGUUACCACUCUCUACCUCCAUCAUAGAGAUUCAUGAGCAAAGCCUGGAGACGUUAAAGAGUAUUCUGGAGCAGUACGCAGAGUCUUUCACUGAUGGAUGGACGCUUGUCUUCAGUCUGAUAUCCAGUGUGUUCGGGGACAUUUCAAACGGCGAGAGUGCGACAGCGGCAGGAGAUACGUCUAGCAGGGUGCGUGAUACACGCUCGAUUGCCGAUUCGCCUCGGCUCGUUCGUGCUGCAUACAAAUCUCUACAGUUAGUCGCUUCUGAUUUUAUCGCUCUCUUGCCACGCCAAUGUCGGUUGGACCUCGUGAAUUCAUUAUCCCGUUUCGCUUUACAGCAAGAGGACUUCAACAUCUCAUUGACAACGACAUCAUCUUUCUGGAAUAUAUCUGAUUUUCUACAAGGGCAAAUUGAGGAAUUCUGCAUUGAGUCUCAUGUCGAACUCUCAGUCAGCGAGGAGACACUUUCGGCUCUUGCAAGAGGUGAUGAACCCUCGGUCUCACGAAAUGCGCUGUGGCUGCUGCUUCUGCUUAGGAUUGUAAGCCUUGCGAGGGAUAGCAGGCUGGAGAUCCGAAACUGCGCGAUUCAGACCCUUCUAAGAAUUUUCGAUGCGUACGGACAACAACUUUCACCCAAGGCAUGGCGUCUGUGUCUGAACCGUGUUUUGUUCCUAAUGGUUGAAACCAUCGAACUUGAACUCGCAAAUUCUCGGGCAGCGGAGAAGGCCAGAGGCUCUGAGGUGGUCCAUUCCUGGAUAGAAACGGCAGUUGUCAUGAUCAAGGGGAUUGCCAAUCUGAUAACUACUUUUUUUGGGCCUAUUGUUGGAGACAGUGCCUUUGACGCUUCCUGGGAACAUCUCUUGGGAUAUUUGUACAAGCUUAUCAGCUCAAACUUCCUGGAGCUAAAUGAAGCGGUAUUCUCCAGUCUGGCAAACAUCCUUCUCCGGGCACAGGUGACAAAUAAUCUGAGCAAGAAGGCUCUCGAGCUCGCUUGGUCGCUGUGGGUUGCUGGCCAUCCUGCUCCCAGGGAGGACUUAAUUGACCUAGGACACCCAAAUCAGGAUGCAUCAUCUGCAUACUUGCAGGCAUUUCAGCAGUUGUAUGCCCUCUAUAAGGACGAUCUAGGGAAUGACCAUAUUGAGCAUAUUCUCCAUCAUUUGCGCCUCCUCGCUUGGAACUCCGUCUCCUCUCCUUAUUCGCCGGACGUGGAUCGGGUUUCGGAUGUACAAGCAAUUAUCAUUGACUGUUUGAAACUGCUAUGUUCAGACAAGCAGGUGGCCCAGCCAAAGAUCGUUUUCUGUCUUGCUGACUUCGUUGAUUCCGCAUUGACAAAGUGGUCCCUAGAUUCGGAUUCGAGAAGGCCAACUUUUAUUGCGUUCUCGAAAAGUGCUGUAGAGCUCCUGGGCUGGUAUAUUGCUACCUUUGGUAUCAAGGAAGAUAUCUUCUCCAAUGGCUCUCUAUCUUGUGCCUUGGAACAUCUUGGGAACCCAAUUGUUCAAAGAUACGAGUGGCCGGGAAAAGACCGAGAUCCCAGUUUAUGGCAGAAAUCAACCACUGCAGUGCUGGAUAUCCUCCAUGUGGCAGUUCCAUACAUCGAAAAGCAAUACGAGUAUGCAAAUCUGGAAGAGAUCUCGCGGUUCUGGAAGUGCGUGGUAGACAUUGCGAACGGUAUUGCCUCUGCGAAAGGUUAUCGAACCCGUUCAAUCCCCACAACAAAAGUCCACGCAGACGAAACCUUCGACAUCAAUGCUAUGAACAAGCUCAAAACCAUCAUCAUCCCAUCUCUAGGCGCGUCCAUCAUUUCAGACAAUAUUCGACGCCAAUUCUCUCGUACGUUAUUCGACUCCUCUUUCAUCUACCAGCAACAGCGUUUUGGCGCUCCUAUCAAGUAUUCGGAUAAGGAGCCUCUGCAGGAUCUAUAUAAUAUCCGGCCUGGCCGAACGUUUGACCCACCGCCAACCCCACGUGCUCGAAUGGCAUACAUUCUGAUCGACAUGCUAUUUGAGCUCGCAUCAGCCUCCCAGCCCAACGAUGAUGAUACAUCCAGAAAAGAGACAAGUGAUACGGAGCAAACGACAGCCCGUGUUCUGCUCUCGCGCGCUGUCUCCCCGUAUCUCAUACUCCGAUGCGCCAUGUCCCUGAAGGCAUACAUCGCGGAUCAGCCACUCCGCGGACUCAUGCCGCAGCCCACGCCGGCGCGCAAGGCACUGCUACAUCUUCUCCGCGGCAUGAUCGAUUUGCGAAGCGAACCAACUGCCAUUCCUCCUCCGCCUAUAAUCAGGACAGUAAUCAUGUCGUCCGGCGACUCAAGCCAAGCCGGAAAUAAACAUCACAAGAAACAUCUGGAAUGGUUAUACCCUCUCGUUAUAAAAGCGGUGCAGGUCGCGGGAAGGGAAAAUGAUGACGGAGAGGUUCUCCAGGUUCUUGGAGCAGUCUUAGAACGGGUCGGCAAUGACGUUUAA